AUGCCUAAAAUGUUAAUGCUUAAUUUUCUUAAAAUUGAACCAGAACAGAAUUGGUACGACUACUUUGUUCAUCGGAUCAAGUUAAAAAAAUUGUUAGCUGGCCCAGAUAUAGGUAUGUAAAAUAUUAGAUACUAAAUGAAUAGUGUUUUAGAUAGGAAAACCGUUGUUACAUUAUGUGAUCAGUUUAUUGAACAGGCUUUUGCUACCUUCAGCGAGAUCAAGCAAGCUAAAAAGAGACGAUAUGAGAUGGGUCGGUGAAUAUAACUUUUUAUUUUUAUGUAAAGUUAAUUUAUAAAUUGAAAUUGAUCAACAGGCACUUAGUGUUUCGAUACUUAUGUUAUUUUAGAAGACAUACAACAUUGUGAACGGAAGCGGCAAGAGUUAUGGAAGUGUUCUUGGGCGUGUUUGGCAGCUUUGGGAUGGGAUUUGAAUUAUUUGUUGGAGCAGUAGGUUGCUUAACAUUAUCUUUUGUUUUUAGGUUUAACUUGGAUGCGUUUUACAAUUUCAUAGUACAAUAUGAAUUCUUUUAACAGAUUUAUCUAUUUUCAGCUCUAAUGUUGUAAAGGUUUAUAAUAUGAUAAGCAACUUGUUUGAGUAUGUUUUUGACGCUGACAUAGAGACGGAUUACAUCAGCAUGUUACCGAGUAUGCAGUUGAACCCGAAAAACAUUUUUUUGGCUUUUAUUUGCGCUAGACUUAUUAUUCUAGUGGAUUCACGAUCUCGGAUUCUGAAGCCUCCAGUGAAACAGACGGUUAGUAAUCCGUAAGUUAUUUUUGCUUUAAAAUAGUUUUUUUAGUCAGUUUUUUUUAUAAUUGACAAGUUACGUAUUUUUAGUAAUAAUCAACCGGAUCCAGCACUAAUUGAAGCCGGCAAGAUCAUCAGCUUCACGAGAAACGUUCGAAAGUCGGUUGAUAUGGCUGUCAAGUUCUUGGAACAUAUAACAAAUGUGAGGAUGGACGUUGUCAACAUCCCUACAGCUGAGUCAUUUGAUGUUGAGAAGGUAUUUUUAGUUUUCUGUUAUAUUUCAUAUAAUUUAGGUAUUUAACGAAAACCGGGUCGAUUUCACUUAUGCUGUCAAACAUCUGAAGUUUGAUAUUCUGAAGGUGAGAGUCGAAUGUGAUCUACUACUGGCACACUUCAAAGCUGUACAUAUGAGGUCGUCGCGAGAAUACAGGGAUCAGGUAGGCAUUUAUAUCUUUAUUUUGAAGUAUCUUAUCUGGUUGUAUGUGUAAUGUAAUUUUCUAGUUGAUAAACAACAAAAAUGUAAUGACUCUUAACAUGCUGCAAGAGUUUGGCAUUGAUGAAGCAUUUCGAUUUGAAUAUAGAGAUCUGGAGAACAUCUGCAGAGUACUAGAUAAAGGAGGAAAACACGUUUUGGUAAGGUGGUUAAUGUGAAAAAGGUAAUUCUGUUUUAGGGGUUCAAGUCUUACGAAGUUUCUAAAAUAACAAAGAAAACAGUUCAAUACGGAAAGUCGAUCGAGAACUGGAAGAAUCACGACGUUGAGAAGCUUUGUCUGGGACAGGUGAUGUCGCUACCGUCAACCUCACAUGCCACCAGGUUUGCAACUUGUGGACCUCCAUUGUGGGAUAUGUUACAUGCUUAUACCUACGUCGAGCUGGCUGCCAAGGCUGAAAAGUUUCUCAAGAUCUAUGGUCGAGAGUUUCAUUCUCCUAAAAAUGUCAGUUUUUAAUGUUUUUAUUUGUUUAACAUAAAUUUUAUUUUCAAAUUAUUAUUUUAGAUAUUAAUGUCACCAAUAAUGUCAGAACUGUUAGAAAAGGCACGUUUCAAUUACCCGGUAUCAAUCUACUUCUUUAUGCAAUUGGAAAACGUUGCCAGGAAUGCUGUAAGUUAAGGUUUUGAAGUAGUAUUUGAGGAAAUGACAUGUCUAAAUUAUGUUAACAACUUUUAGGAUCUCGUUACUUGGGUGGAGAACAUGAAUACAUAUACAACGAUUGUUAACGGGCAGGGUCACCCACUCAGGGACUUUCUUUACAACUUGUGUUUCGAAGUGUUACGUCUCAGGGUAAGUUAAUGUAGUUACGUUUGAUCUAACCCAUCAUUGGUACUGUUAUGACAAUAUGUCUUUGGUGACUUACUUUUAGAUGAACUACUGGGACAACUUGUAUGGUCGAGAGUGGAACGGAUUUUACCUAAAACUAAUUGUAAAUGGCCUGAACUCGAUGGUAGCCAAUUCUGUCAGCCAAUCAGAAUUGCCAACUCUGGAGUGGGGCUUGGAGAAGGUCAGUGCAGUGUAUUACCCAUACCUGCUAAACAUGAACUUGUCUAACGUGAUCAUGGUCAUUCCUCGCCUCGUACGAUCUCCUCCAUUUCAAUUCAAUUUCGUCAGGAUUGUGUCUACAGUAGUUUCCAAUGAAAGCAUGGCUGGACUAGCCUGGAAGUUCGUGUACACGAUCCUACUCAAGAACAAUGUGGAGCUUCCUCCUGAGGAUAAGAACAAGUUCUGGGACGUUUGUUGUAAGCUGAGGCACGAGAAGGUGAUCAAGCAUCUACUCACGUAUCUUUUGGCCUUCUACAACAAGGUCGUGGUCAGGACAGAGAGGUUACCGUUCACUACACGGCUACGGAACUCGUGGGCCUUCAUGGACAAAACAAUUAGGGACAACAAGCGGAGGAACGUGCCUGAGGAGUUCGUGUAAGUUGCUUAUUAUGAUUAUAAUGUCAAGUCUUAUAUGUUUUGUCUGGUUUCAAUGUAAAAUCAAUAUGACAUAGCUAUAUGUAUAACAUUAACUUCUUGCAGUGUUAACGAACUUUUGGACUGCCAAUUUCUGUUGAAUGUGAUACGGCGUUUGCUGGAGAAUGCUGUAUAUUCCGCACCCAAAGACCCUUACCUCCGACGACAGUUGGGGGAUGUACAUUAUGGUAAGUAGUAAAGUGUAUACAGUAAUUUCCUCAUUUUUUAUGAUAAUUACACAUUUUUAGCUGUGCAUGAGUUUGACAAAGCAAUGUUACAGUACGCCGAGGUGUUCCUUCUAUUCCAACAAAAACUGACUACCAGACAGAGGAAGGAUACCAUAAACGACGGCGUAAGCUUGUAUUUUCAAUUAACGAUACAGUAGUUGAAAGUUAAAAGUUGUUUGUGAAAAGAUCAGUUUAAGGUAUAAGUUAGUAUACGGCUUUACAGAUGAUUACAAAGAUCACUCACUGCCUCUACAACAAGAAAAUGUACGUAUUGGCGUGUAUGUCGGGACAAUUACGGCGAGACAUGACGCGACAUUACAUAUAUCUGCCACAAAUAACACAGGAGAUCAACAAAACAUACGACGCGGGAGCUUACUACUUUAACUGUAUCUACGACACUAAAUUAUUCGAGAUUUUAACAGGUACCUUUGUCAAAAUAAUUGGUUUAUUGUGGUUUUGUUACAGUAUUGAGGUACUACUAACAUAAUUUUAAAAGUGUGGUAUAAUGAUUUACUUAUUCUAGAGACUUUUGAAAAAACUGGACAUCUUUACUAUCUUUCUCAACUGGUAAGUCUCAUUUUACUUUUAUGAUAUGUUAUUGUCUACUGUUUAUAAAUCGUUGGGGUAUGCUCUAAUAUAUUGUAUAUUUUCAGUUGAAAACGGGACCCACAAAGUCGGCCAACAAGUCUAACAUGAGACAAGUCAAGAUCCACGAAGUCAGGAAACGGAGAGAGAGAUUCAUCGACGUUUUGAUAAAGACUAUCAGGAACACUUGUUGA